UCUCUUUCUCUCUCACAAACACACACAAACAAACACAAUCGCAUUUUCCUUUAUUUUCUUUCACUUUCCUUCACUUUCUCGGACUAUGAUUCUUGCUUCUAGUCCAAUAUUUCCUCAUCCGCACUUGAUUUUCUUCACUUUUUCUCACUACAAUUUUUGGUUUCUCCUCAUCGGUACUUGAUGUUAUGGUGUAGAAAUCGAAGAAAGGAUGGGGAGGGGGAAGAUCGUCAUAAGGAGGAUCGACAAUUCUACGAGCAGGCAAGUGACGUUUUCCAAGAGGAGGAACGGAUUGCUGAAGAAGGCGAAGGAGCUGGCGAUCCUGUGCGACGCGGAGGUAGGAGUUAUGGUGUUCUCCAGCACCGGCAAGCUCUACGAUUUCUCCAGCUCCAGCAUGAAGACAAUAAUUGAGCGGUACAACAAAUCAAAAGUGGAACACAACCAAUUGGCAAACCCAUGUUCCGAGGUCAAGUUCUGGCAAAGGGAGGCAGCAAUGCUUAGGCAACAACUGCAGAACCUGCAAGAGAAUCAUCGGCAAAUGAUGGGAGAAGAGCUCUCCGGUUUGAAUGUCAAAGAAUUACAAAAUUUGGAGAACCAACUGGAAAUGAGUCUUAAAGGUGUUCGUAUGAAGAAGGACCAAAUUUUGGUUGAUGAAAUUCAAGAACUAAACCGAAAGGGAAACCUUAUUCAUCAAGAAAAUGUGGAACUCUAUAAGAAGGUAAACCUAAUUCGUGAAGAAAAUAUGGAAUUAUAUAAGAAGGUUUAUGGAACAAGGGAUGUAAAUGGAGCAAAUAGAAAUGCUCUGCUCUCAAACAGUUUAAGCCUUGGAGAUGACUCGCAUGCACCUGUCCAUCUCCAGCUUUGCCAGCCACAGCAACAAAACUAUGAACCACCAUCAAGAGGCAGACUACAACUGCAUUAGAGAAGAAGAUGGAUCGUCCAUGGAUGGUUGUAAUUGAUUUCUUAUCAAUCAAAGGCCCCAUGGUUCCAUAGUUUAAUGCUUCUAUUAGUGGGAAGUGGUAUAUGAACCACAGACCAUUCAGCAUAAAGACUUCAAUUCAACAUUAUCAAUGAAAUCAGCAUUAGAAAGUGUGACGUAGUCAACGAAACCAGCUAUGUAUGUAAAGUUGAGACAACAAAGAAUAAAAUGCUGUUAAAAGGCAACGCAUGACAGGUGACUUUCAGCGAUCUGAAUAUCCUUAAUUACUUCUUCUUCUUUUGAUAAGUGAAUAAUUACACUUCAGGUGGACAACUAACAAUAAGUAGUUUGUAUACUUGCCUUGGUAAAGAUUGUCUGAAAAAGAUGAACCUAUUUAUUUUGGUUAAA